AAAACCACUGGGCUAUCGUGAUAGCGUAAGACCACAAAAGACAUAUUCUCACAUUUUUACGAACGUAUACAUUAUUAAAUACUGUUCAAUUCUUCUUAGUAAUUUCUGUUAAGAUUAUCCACCGAAACGAGCAUUUCUUGUGUAAAAAAAAAACACGUUAAACCCGAUAUAAUUUACUGUAUGGUUGUCUUUAAAUUCAUGAUUCUUCCAGAAGUCUUAACGUCUUUAGGCUUUCUGUAUUUGUCGCUUCAAACUAGCUCAAAUAACACGAUAUAUUACUGAAGUCUGUAUGUAUAUUCAACUCCACUGUACUGUGUGUUUAAAGAGGGCGCCUUCGGUCCUCAGAAAACCCAGUUGCUGACGUUUUUUUGAAUGUCAUGUGAUUAUCCGCGGUCCGUAUACAGGGUUCAAUGAGAGCUGUUUGCCCCACCCAUCUCUUCAGCGCUAUCUAGCUCAAUGUACUAUUCAGUGAGAAAGGGGAAAAAUCGCCAAAAAAUACUCUCGGCGAGCGGAUCCGAUCGCGUCCAUCCGAGAAGUGACACGUUCCGUCCGCCAAGAGCUUGCUGUCACUGCGGUAUUUGUCUUUUUUUUUUUUUUUUUUUUUAAAAACGGGUUCUCUUCGCGGUUGUCAAUGCACAUGUAUAACCCUGUCUUUCUGCAAGGCGGAUUCAAAAUGGGUAAUACAAUGCGUAGCCUGACAGCGGACUCUGCCUACGAAAUGCAGUGAAAUAUAUCGAAGAAUCGCGUUGUUCGGAACAGCUGCGUGUCGCCGCGUGCGCCGUUAGCGGAGCCGUACGGAUUGUUGUUCUCGUGAAGCGAGCCUACGGAUGUGAGGAGAAAUUCAAAUUACAGCCGCUAACGGAGAAGACAAAAAGCGCCUCUUUUGAUUUGAAUAGCCACAAAGCCAUCGGUUAUUAUUACAGAACAGGAGGAAAAUAAACAUUUAUCUUUGGGAUUUCAUUAAAAAAAGAAAGCCUUUUAUCUGACACAUCAUUUCAUAACGGAGUUUCAAAAAGGUUGAUGUCGGCCACGGCUGGAGGCGGAAUGAACCGCAGGCCGUCAAUUUGGGAAAGAUAUUUAUCUCUUCUGGGAUUUUUUUCCUAAAGAAAACACGUUCUUAUAUCCCUUUUCCCUGUGUCGGUGAACGGAUGUGACAGGAAAGAAAAUAAAACCUGUUUCGUAGAGUUAUCGAUGAUUUUGCGAGGAGCGCCGGCCGCGACUGUCAUUUUGGGAAAGCGACUAUGGAUUGUCGAAGAGAAAUGCGUUAAAUCGCCCUCAGAUUUCUGGAACAGCAAGACAAAGACCUUCAUGUAACGCCGUAGAGGCGCGCGCGCACACACACACACACACACACACACACAUAUCCAACGCGAAGUGUAAAACAAAUCCCGCUCGGAUAUUACUGCACCAAAAAGCUUAGGAGGACUCGGCCUUGUGUGUAGGCAGGCCUUGGUGUUUUCACCACCAUCAUCACAAGCCCUCCGUUUCUUUCCUGAAGCUCCUACUGAGCACUCACCCAAAGGCAUCGCUUUCACAUUGCUCCCUUCAUCCCUUUAAACGAUUGCCCCAUCCAUCCCCGUGUGCUGUUCUUCCAGAGUGUGCAUAUGCACAGAGAAAUGUCAGAAUUCCCAUUCUUUGGGAUUUGAACACGUGCCAAUCAAGGAAUUUUUGCAAUUUGAUUAUACUUUACAUUCAUCCCCUAUCCACAAAAAAAAUCUUUUUUUAUUGGGACGUUUGGAAGAUGGGUUGUUUGGGCAACAGUAAAACAGAAGACCAGCGUAAUGAGGAGAAGGCCCAGAGGGAAGCAAAUAAAAAGAUAGAGAAACAGUUACAGAAAGACAAACAGAUAUACAGAGCGACCCAUCGGCUACUACUGUUGGGAGCUGGAGAAUCGGGCAAAAGCACUAUAGUCAAACAGAUGCGCAUUUUACAUGUCAAUGGCUUCAAUGCUGAAGAGAAAAAACAGAAAAUUCAGGAUAUUAAGAAUAAUAUAAAAGAAGCUAUAGAGACUAUCGUGACAGCAAUGAAUAGCUUGGUACCUCCAGUUCAGUUAGCCUGUCCAGCAAACCAGUUUCGAAUCGAGUACAUCCUCAAUUUAACCAAUCAAAAAGACGUUGAAUUCACUCCGGAAUUUUAUGAACACACAAAGACCCUGUGGCACGACGAGGGAGUAAGAGCCUGCUUCGACAGAUCCAAUGAGUAUCAGCUGAUUGACUGUGCUCAGUACUUCCUAGAUAAGAUUGACACUAUAAAGCAAAGUGACUAUACACCUACUGAUCAGGACUUGUUGAGAUGCAGAGUGCUGACCUCAGGGAUCUUUGAGACGAGGUUCCAAGUGGACAAAGUUAAUUUUCACAUGUUUGAUGUUGGCGGUCAAAGAGAUGAACGAAGGAAAUGGAUCCAGUGUUUUAAUGAUGUGACUGCCAUUAUAUUUGUGGUGGCCAGCAGUAGCUACAAUAUGGUCAUCCGAGAAGACAAUCAAACCAACCGUCUACAGGAGGCAUUGAACCUGUUCAAGAACAUAUGGAACAAUAGAUGGCUUCGAACCAUUUCUGUCAUUCUUUUCCUAAAUAAGCAAGACCUGCUAGCCGAGAAGGUUCUGGCUGGAAAAUCGAAAAUAGAGGAGUAUUUCCCAGAGUUUUCACGCUACACUACACCAGAUGAUGCUACACCUGAACUUGGGGAGGACCCUCGAGUUACAAGAGCAAAAUAUUUCAUCCGGGAUGAGUUCCUGAGGAUCAGUACAGCAAGUGGGGACGGUCGCCACUACUGCUAUCCACACUUCACUUGUGCUGUGGACACAGAAAACAUCCGCCGAGUGUUCAAUGACUGUCGUGACAUCAUCCAGCGCAUGCAUCUCCGGCAAUAUGAGCUCUUGUGAUUGCCACAGCAUCACUGGAACCCAGUCUAGAACUUUCUACAGGCUUCCUGUCCUACUUAUGCCCCAAAAAAUGCUACCAUGAAACUUACUAUUUAUGAGUUUCCAGGACACACAGCAACAUAUAAGAGACACAAAAACAUAGGCUUUCUCCAUCCUGAGAUAGCUGAGGGGCAAGGAGAAUACUGUAUUGUUAAUGAACAAGGGUGACUGUGCAAUCCAGAAAAGACAAUAUAGCCAAUGACCACCAAUGUUAAAUGAGAAAGAGAGUGAAUACAUACACAUAUGCUGAGAGAGAAGGAAAAAAUAAAAGUUUGACCAGGACUGCCAGAUACCUGCACACUUGUUGAGGCUCUGCUCAGGAUGAGGAAGAUAUUUGUAUGGCAUUCACAAAGACACACGUGUACAAUUCUGCUCCACAACCUCUGUCCUAUGUAUGUUAAACAUUAGCCAUGUGUUUCUAAUGAUGUACUUACCACACACAUGCACACCACUAUUGUGAAAAUCCACUCUUUGCCUGAGUGAGCCUGUUGUCUCUCCUGUUCUGUCAAAAAUGGACUAACCCAUGAAGAAGAGAAAAUGAUGGAUUGUUGCAAAGACAUCGUGAAAGAAUGUAGACCUUUAUGGUUUGCUUGAAAGGAUUAAAAAGGGGGUAGAAUUAUGGAGUAUUUUCAGCCCCAGGUUGCUGUGCUUGCAGAGCGGAGAAUGACUCAAACACAAGAACCAUCACAUGAUUCUUUUCUCCAAAUGCAACAUGGAGAAAUAGUGAGAACAUACAAUGCAUAGAUUCAUGCAGAACAGCCAAUUACAGUGCAAAAAAUUUAUAUGCGCGUGCACACAGAUAUAUAUCUGUGUAUUCUGGUAACAGCACGUCAGCUCUUCUGUUUCAUGGUUUCAUCUGUUGAGUGUUAUGCAAUGUGUGUGCAAAUAAUGCCUUUAUUCACAAUUUUAACCUUCCAUUUUCCAAGAUGCCAUAACUAUACAUUCUCUCCCACUCACUCAGUCUGUCUCUCUGUCUCUAUAGUCAUCUUGUACACUGACAUGUGGGGGAAAUGUGUAGUAAAAAAAAAGGAGCGAGUAAAAAAAUCUAGUUAAGUUAAAAAAAUAUGCCAUGAUAUGGAAAAGGGGCACAAAAUUCAAGCAACUCGUCGCUCCUAUUUUUA